GGCUCUGGAUUUAGCUUAUAAGCGCUGCCUGAAAGCUUACAGAACUUAUCCAGUUGUAAUUUAUACAUUUAUAGUUCUACUAAACUCAACAAUGCAAGCGUUUACAUUUUACGUAGGCCUAUGCCUCACCCUAGGAAUUGCGAUCUUAGACUCGACCAUUACAGUUGUAGUGGCGCAAGGAACACACCAUGGUUCCUCAGUUAUUCCACUUGAUCAACGGGAUUGCUCAGGCCCAAAUCCUCGGUUGACACCUACAACAAUACAAACAUCACUACGUUUGGCUGAUUUACGGAAACAAAUGGAGGUGAACAGGGUGCGAGCCUACAUCAUACCGUCAGGAGACGCACACAUGAGUGAGUACACAGCAGAGCACGAUAAGAGACGAGAAUUCAUCACCGGGUUCUCAGGCUCGGCUGGACUUGCCGUGGUAUCGAUUUACAAUGCGGCGAUAUGGGUGGAUGGACGAUAUUAUCUGCAAGUCGAGCAGCAAGUUGACUGUAACUGGCAAGUCAUCAGAGCAGAUGAUAUCGGGACACUUACGCCGUUUCAGUGGAUUGAAAAUGAACUUCUCUAUGGAUAUCCUGUUGGAUUCGAUCCCAAGACAAUGCCUAUUCAAAUAUUAAAAGACGCUGAAGAGUUCUUCAGUACAUCACCAAAGCGCUUACGAAUGCAGAGAUUGCAAAACAACCUCGUUGAUAUCAUUUGGCGAAAUCAGCCUCCGUUGCCUGACAACAGGCUGAUGGUAUUGGAACAGAAAUACGCUGGUAAAAGCUGGCAAGAAAAAAUUAAAGACGUUCGAAAGGUGAUGCAAGAGAAAGACGCUAACACUCUGCUUAUAUCAGUACUGGAUGAAAUAGCAUGGUUAUUCAAUCUCCGAGGGACUGACGUUACGUACAGUCCAGUUUUCUUCUCGUAUGCCAUACUCACUAGCAGCUCUAUACGACUUUACCUGAGUGCUUUCAACAAAACCAAAGACGAUAGAGUUUUCCAACAGCAUCUUAAUGUAUGUUUGUCGCCAUAUGAAGCCGCACCUUGUGUCGAAGUGAAGACAUAUGCGGACUUUUAUGAAGAUGUAAUGUUAGUCGGAACGUUGGUUCGUGGGAAAAUAUGGAUAGGUUCUAGUGCAAAUGUAUUUAUACAUGACGUCAUUACACAAGAAAAGAAGUUAACUGAGCUAUCGCCAAUCGUAUUGAUGAAAGCCGUCAAGAACCCAAUUGAACAAAGAGGAAUGAAAAAUGCUCAUAUAAAAGAUGCCGUGGCGUUGAUUGAGUUUGCAACCUGGUUAGAGAGAGAGGUUCCGCGGGCCAAAGGAAACAUUAGGAGGCUAAGUGAGAUUUCAGCGGCAACUAAACUUGAAACUUAUCGACGAAUGCAAGACGGUAUGAAGGGUCUAAGCUUUCCAACGAUAUCAGGAUUUGGCCCAAAUGGAGCAGUCAUUCAUUACUUUCCGACAGAAGCCACAAAUGUUGCUAUAACUAACAAGAAUAUGUAUCUACUAGAUUCUGGUGGACAAUACCUUGAUGGAACAACAGACGUGACAAGAACCUUCCAUUUUGGAACCCCGACAGCUUUCCAUAAGGAAGCGUACACAAGAGUUCUGAUGGGCUCCAUUGAUCUGGCCAGACUCACUUUCAGAACUGGAAUAUUUGGUCGCGACAUUGACGUGGUUGCUCGAGCCCCGUUGUGGGCCAGCGGACUUGGAUAUAAACACGGAACCGGACAUGGCAUUGGGCAUUAUCUCCAUGUGCAUGAAGGUCCAGCACGAAUUAAGUACGGCUACAGACCCAAUGAAGCAGCCCUUCAACCUGGAAUGUUUCUGUCUGAUGAGCCGGGUUACUAUGAACCGAAUAGUUUUGGAGUUCGACUUGAAACAAUCGUCAUGGUGGUCGAGAAACCGACAACACACAAAUUUAGCAACUGGACUUUCAUGGGUUUUGAGCCAAUCACUGUUGUGCCAUUUGAACCAAACCUAAUCAAUUAUGACAUGUUGUCUUAUGAUCAGAUCGUGUGGUUAAAUGAAUAUAACAAGUUGAUAGAACGAACAGUGUUGCGGGAAUUGAGUCCAGAAGCUCAGAAAUGGUUGCGUUUGCGAACUAAACAGAUAAACGUUGAAAAUACAAAUAAGAUGAACCGAAAUCCAUUUAACAGUGCGACCUCUACCAACCUGGGGAUGCUGACUCUGGUCGCAGUCUUUUUAUUUUCUUCAAUUGUACUAUAGGCACAUUUGUUUUAGUUUCAUUUUUGCAGCCCAAAUGCUCGCUCAUGUUAUAUAUUGAUUGUAUAAUUGGUCUAAAGAUCGAUCUAAGAGUAACUAAGAUAAAAAUCACAAAAGAUCACAGUAGCAUAGGAUGGCAAUUGUUCAUUAUUUAAUUUUUUUCAUCACUGUAUAUAUAUUAUUUAGGAAGGAAUUAUUUCAGUAGUUUCACAGUAAAUUAGUUAGGUCUAGUAUAUAGACAACAUUAGAUUGAAGAAUGCAUUGUAUAUAUAGUAGAAUAGAUUAAUUGGCUUAUACAAAAGUUUUACCAAAAUACAAAAGAUUGCAUGUCUAUGCUUACUUUUAAUAUAGGCCUAAACUCAUGUAAAAACAGUGUUGAUCAUAUAGUGUUCAAAUAAUGUAAGAAACAAUAUCAAUAAUUUUACUGUUAGUUUUUCCACUAGUAUGGCCAUCGUAAGAGAUGUUUUUUUUUUAUGAAACACAAUUUAAGAAAGGGAAAAUAGCUAUUACUGUUUAAUUUCUGUUAAUUAAAAUAAUUCUAUAUUUUUAAUAAUGAUGAAUACUGAAAAUUAAUUCGAUUGGAGGAAGUUAAUCAACUUCCUGAUUUGCGAGCAAUUCCAAAAUUCUUCCUCACUGCUCGACAUUAUGAGAGGUAACAGCAUUAAUAUGUCAACAAAUAGUCAACAAAUUAGCUACUCUUAUAAUCCAUAAUCUUUCUCCUUUUUUGAUCCAACCUUUCUUAUCAUGAACUCUGCGAGUUUUAGAACAUACAUACAGUAUUAUUUCAUAUGACAUAGCCAUUUGGCAUAGCAUCAAUCAUACCGCACGUUAAGGUUCAUAGUUCAUAGAUUACUUUAUCUGUCCUUUCGGAAAUUUGGUCUUAGUAAUCUCAAUAAUGUAUACAAAUCUCGAUUUAUUUUAGCUACAUAAUAUAAUUAUGAAAUAAUGAUGAUGCUAACUAAUUUGAUUCACAAUUUGUGUGUUCUGGAGUAUAUAUAAUCAACUUUAUUUAAUUAAAAAUUUCAAUUGGAAUGUAUUAAGUUGUAUUUUAAGAUAAACUAUACAUGACAUGCGUAACCUAAUUUCAACUCAUCUGAAUAAUAAUUAUAUUUGUACUAGUUUAAACUGUAAACACACUGAAUGUGGUAAAAACAUUUCACAGACUAACAAACUUUCAUAAAAAUAAAAAACACAAAAGCUAGAGAAAGUUUCAAAUAAAAAAAAAAUAUUGUUAGCCUGUAAAA